GUUUAAACGUGUCGUUGUGGCGCCAAUGCCCAUGCAUGUUUACAAUCGCUUAUCGAUACACCGCGUACACGGCAACCGUGUGUGACCAAUUCAAGCACGAAAUCGUUGACCAACACUAACUGUACAUCAGACGACACGACAACAAAAACAACAGCAGCAACACCACCGACGUGCUUGUUCCUGUGUGUGUGUGCGUGUGAGAUUGGAAGACAAUGGCUGCAGCUGCGGAUCUGGUUGUUCCUACCCUUGCCAUUCGCUCUAGCGUGGCCGUGGAAUUGUGGUCCUCGGCGGGCUCCAAACAGCCCUUCGAGCACAAGCCCCACCUGCCGCGCGAGGAGACGAAGAGCUCGCGCUCGAUCUGCUUCAGCUCCGACGGCCGGUACUUCGCCUACUCCAACGGGCAGGAAGUCAAGGUGCUCCAGGCCAGCCGGGACAGCGCAGCCAGCUGGCCGGUGGUAUGCCUGCUGCCCAGGCCGAAAGCCUUCUACCUCCAAUUCUCGCCACGUGGCAGCUACCUGUGCACCUGGGAGCACUAUGCCAUCACUAAGGACCGGCCGGAGGGGUCGCCCAAUCUGCUCGUCUACGAAGUGGCCACCGGUGUCGAAGUAUUCGCCAUCGUGCAGAAGAACCAAGCGGACUGGCAGCCAUCCUGGUCGGCGGACGAGUCCAUCUUUGCUCUGGUAGUCGGCGGCGAGGCACUCUUCUAUGACCUGGGCGAGGGAGCGGAGAAGGGAUUCGCCACCACAUCGCGCAAGAUAGGAGGCAGUCGCGGAGGUAUGCUGUCGCUGGGUCCCGGUAACUGCCCCCCGUUCCUUGCGUUCUACACGCCGGGAGCCAAGGGCGCUCCGUCCAUGUGCAAGCUCUAUAAGUACCCGGCGCUUGGCCAGAACCAGACCGUAGCCUGCAAGAGUUUCUUCCAGGCGGAUCGCGUCGAGAUGUUGUGGAACAAGCGAGGCAGCGGAUUGCUCCUCCUAACCAGCACGGAAGUGGAUAAGAGCGGUGCCUCCUACUACGGCAACCAGGCGGUGCACUUCAUGGCCACCAAGGGAGAUACCUGUUCAGUGCCUCUCUCUAAGGAGGGACCGGUGCACUGUGUCAAGUGGAGCCCUAAGGCAACUGAGUUUGUAGUCGUAUACGGCUUCAUGCCCUCCAAGGCUGCCCUCUACAACCUCAAGUGCGACGUAGUCUUCGACUUUGGUGAGGGACCACGCAACUGUGCCUACUUCAAUCCCUUUGGCAGCCUCAUAGCUCUCGCCGGCUUCGGCAAUCUGCCUGGAGCCGUCGAGGUGUGGGAUGUGUCCAAACGCGAGAAACUGACCAACCUAAAGUGCGCCGACACCACGGUUUUUGAGUGGCAUCCCAAUGGCGAGUGGUUCGUCACGGCCACCACCGCGCCUAGGCUGCGCAUUAGCAAUGGGUUCAAGGUCUACCACUACUCCGGGGCCCUGCUCCACGAGACCAUGUGGCCCCAGGGUCAGGAAUUGUUGGGAAUUGAAUGGCAGCAGUUUGCGGAUAAGACGUUCAGCGAGCCCAAGAUUACCAAGGCCAAGCACGAGGGCAUCAAGUCCAGCCAGCCAGAGGCCAGCAAGAAGGCUUACACACCGCCCCAUCUGCGCUUGUUGAAGGAGGGCAAGAAUCCGGAAAAGUAUCUGCCCCAGCCGAGUAUUCCCGGACUGGCACCAACGGCAGCAGCAGGUGGUGUCAAUGGGAACAAGAGGAAUAACAAGAACAAGCAGCGAAGCGCUAGGAAGGAUGUGAACGUUAUAAAUGGCGGCGAUGCUGAUUCUGCCCCGACUGAGGUGGUCGAUCAAGCUGCUCCGGUUGCUCGACAGUCGCCCGUUUUCAUGGCUGCAGAUGAGCGGAGGCCGCAGAAUACUCCCAGACAGAAGUACCAGCAGGAUAACGCUGCCGAUCAGCCACCAAAUUCGCAUGGACAAGGCCAGCCUAAUGGCCAGCACAUCAGCGAUAAGGAGCGCAAGAUUCGUAGCGUCGCCAAGAAGCUGUCGGACAUUAAGAAGCUGAAAGUCCGACGCAGCCAGGGCGAGAAUCUAGAGCUGAACCAACUGAACAAGAUUAAGAUGGAAGCACAGUACCUGGAUGAGCUCAAGGCUCUCAAGCAGUCUGCCUAGAAGGACGUUGAUGACGUUGACGAUGACGAUGGCGGCGAGAAGGCUGAGGGAUGCGGGGAGUAAUUGCUCUUGUGAUUGUGAUACACCACCUCUUCUCAGCUCCACUCCACUCUACUCCAUUUUCACCUCCUGUUCGUCUCCUUCCUGCUGUUUUACGCUCAGUUUGUGGCCCAUUUGCCGCAAAGUUUCAAGUUAAAACAUUUUUCUACUAUUGUGAUUUCCUAACUAAUUUCGGCAAAACGUACAGUAACUCCCGUAAACAACAAAUUUAUGUACCAAAUUGUGCUACCAAGUAAUAAAGAUGUUUCCACCAAAAUCCUCGGAUUACUGCUCCCAA